CUUAGAUAUUGUUCCCGCUUAGACAGAUGCCCAGCAGAGGAGCACGCUACUAUUUUGAAGCUAGCAUAUGCAAUACAUUGCAAAAACACCACAACAGAGCGAGCUACAAACGGCUAAAUUUAUCUGGAUAGCUAGUUGCUGUGUUUAUACAGGUUUUGAAAUGCACCUGUCUCAGCGACUAGAACUGUUUCCUGAAUACACAGUGACACAAUUGCUGUUCAAAGAUGUCAAAAACGCGACAGACUUGAGGAAGAAUGCAAUUGCUGGAGAAAUAAGUGGAGCCUUAAUAAAUCCGUCGGUGCUAGUUGACCCCUUCCAAGUCCUUGUGGCCACAAACAAAGCACUUCACUUGCAGAAAAUUGGAAAAAUGAAAACACGGAGUCUUUACUCUGAAAUCAUAUUCAACCUGUCACCCACAAAUAAUAUAUCUGAGGCUUUCAAAAAUUUUGGAAUCUCUGACAGUGACAGCGCCGUUCAGGUUGUUCUGGUUCAUGCUGACGCCGAACAGAACAAUAUGGAUGACAUACUGUCCAAGGUGGACGGCCAGCAGAUAUCAGUCCAUCACAUCUCAAGUUUGAGUAACAUUGCUAAAAUCAAAAAGCUGUACAAGGUCUCACCACAGGAAGAGCUGUGUGGAAGCCUGCUGGAUGCUGUAAUCUGCAGGAUGGCUACCAAAGAUGUGUUAUGAACAAAAACCAAAAAUAAUUUCAUUUGGAAAGGUGUGGUCAUUGGGGACUUUUUAAAAAUAUAUUAAUUGCAAACUUAGAUGCAGUCAUUCAGUGGUUAUAUAUUGUUUGGAUAAAUAUACUGUGUUCAUAGGGAUGGACAUGAUCUUGUUCAUUUGUUUGGUUAACCUCGUUUAUCUGUCAGAUGUUAUGAUUUACACCUCAAGAGGUUACUGUACAUGACACAUUGUGAGACAGCUUGCUUUGUUCUUUAUGUGCCAGCACACACCAUGUGUGCAGUCCUGUGUGUGCAGUAUGUGAAAAUCACAGGCAGCUGUUUCUGAGUGCUAAAAUCGCCAUGUCUGCCACCAACAAUCAUACCAUGGUCAAGGUCACUCAGAUCACGUGUCUUGCCAAUUCUAAUGUUUUGUGGAACAAAUAAAUCUUUUCACCAUG